GCGCGCCCGCUGCGUGGGUCGGUAGAAUCCUGUGCUAUAGCACUUCCGCGUCAAAUCCGAAAGUCAUACUUCCAGCCGCAUUGCGUCGUUCGUUCCCACUUAGCUGGCUGCCGCGUGCCAUCAGCUGGACUGCACAUCAACGCGACGCGCGAUGCCGCUGAACCGCUCCUCGCAACAACCGCGGCCUGUGCGGUGCUCCACGGUUCCUCGCUCGUAAGCGCCAAUGUGUGCCGAAUAUGCAUCGCGUCUUCAGAUGAAGGACUUACCAUGAGGACGUCUCCUGAACGAAGCGUCGCCGCUGACCGCCGCUUGCUCGGCGGCCAUGGCUCGCGCACCGCGCUGCUCCUGUCAAACGCCAGCGCCACGUAACCGAUCGAUGGCACUUAGGUGAAAGCUGUGCCCACGAGAGGGCGCGACAAGGCCGUUCCUCUUAGGGGAUGCGCUCCCGGCUUCCCGCUGUGAGGGAGCGCAUCAUCGAGUAGUUCCUUCCGACUGCGGCAGCGCCCGUAUCCCUCGGCUCACGUCCUUUGGGGACGCCUCCCAUCGUAGGGAAACAAGGCACCGCAGCGGCAUCGUUCGCGAAAGCCAGACGGUGAAGCGAAACUCGGCCCUUACGUGAAGCGGCAUGCCCAUUCGCGCCGGUGAUAUGUAGAGCAGCGGCCGUUGGGCAUAGUUCGCGGCCCCUGUGCGCAGCCGUGGGCCGGUGUUUUCCGCGACGCGCUUGGCUGCGCGCAUGACUGCGGCGGUCGGUUCGUGCCUCCAUCGACUGGACGCCACCGCCACUCCUUCGCUGGUCGGGAUCCGGGCCUUCACGCAGCAGCCGGCAGUAAAACUGACCGGUGUGGACACGCGCUGCCUUGCCAUCCCGUCUCGCUCGCUGGCCGGUCCGCGGCUACGCGGGCCGACCGGCCGACCAUGUUCCACUGCCCUUUUGAAGCGGCACGAGUCGGACCUGCCGCGGCAGGCUUCGCAGUGGCGCCUGCAGAUGCCAUGGCUGCGAUGCCAUGGCCACGAUGAGCGGCUCCGGCUGCGGCGUGCGUGCCCUGGGAGAUCAACGUGCUGGCGGGCGACGGGUCGUCGUGCCGGGCCGCCAGGCAUGCGGUCAUGCAGCUGCCGCGCUGGCUGCUGGCUUGCGCCCUGGUCAGCCUGGCGGCAGGCGUCACGGGCAUCGUGCUGAGGCGCUGGUUCCGCAGCUACGCCAUCGGCGACAUCCUCUGCAUCAGCGGCAUGACACUCUUCACAACCAUCCUGGCCAGCAUCGCGCUCAAGCUGCUGGGCCACGCUCUCAAGCGCCGCGUGGCCUGUUCGCGCUUCUCCGAGAUCCUGGGCGUGGUGACUCUGCGCUCGGGCACGCAGCUCGUGGAGCCGCAGGACGUGCGCCUGCUGCCGGUCGGCACGCUCGUCUGCGUCGUGCCGCCCACGCAGCCAGUCUUCUAUCCGGACAACGCUGGCGACAUGCUCACCAUCUUCGAGGACUACGCACAGUUCCCCCAGCAGCCGCCCAGGAUGUUCGACACGCACCGCCUGUCGCCGGUGUCCACGGCAAAUCACGCCCUUGAGCGUCGCGCUGACACGCCACCUGUCGUCGUCAACACCUCUUCGUCCGAGGCAUCCACACAAGCAGAACCGCCUACCACUUCGGAAGAGGAUGACGACGCGACCUCAUCGUCAGACCGACCGCCGUCCUACGCCCACCUGUGCGGCGAACCGCCGCCACCUUACAAGACCGACAGCAUGUCCACCCUGAACGAUGACAUCGGCUAGCCAGAGCCUUUAUUGGUUCACGUCACGUAGACCGGAGGAGCGCUGGGUCCCGCCCGGAACAAGGAGCUGCCGUAGACCCGCUGCAGGCACCGCUGGUUCCUCGCAGUGGCGACCUGCGUGAACGGUGGACGAGACUGAACUGCGCGCGCUGUGCAUGUAUACCUGAACACCUCUCCCUUUCUUUGAGAGACCCGCACCUCACCCAUACUUCCAACUCUCGUGCUAAGCGAGCCUACCUCGCUCUCAUAGGCCACGUUUUAUCUUUGUUGUUGUUGUUGUUGUUGAUGUUGCUGUUGUGAAGAAAAAUAUCGGAGUUCUCUUCUUCUCGUUUA